GCUUGCGUGAGGUCAUCAUCGCGCGCCACGCGAGAUCCCAAAGUCAAGGGAGAUCGCGGAAUAAACAGCGAGAUCGCAUUAAACCCGUGUGCUGUGUUUUCUCGGAGGGUUGUGAAGAUGAACAGUGUCGGCGAGGGCUGCACGGAGCUCAAGCGCGAGUACGAUCAGUGUUUCAACCGCUGGUUCGCCGAGAAAUUCCUGAAAGGAGACCGCAGCGCAGAUCCAUGCAGCGAGCUGUUCCUCAAAUACCACACGUGUGUUCAGAAAGCCAUCAAGGAGAAGGACAUCCCUAUAGAAGGUGUGGAGUUCAUGGGCCCAAACAGAGAGAAACCUGGCAGCUGAUGGCCUGAUGUUCACCUGAACGUGACCGGAUGUUGAUUUAUUUGAACAAGGACAGAUGUGUUGCCUUCAUCAGGACUGCAUCGCUGACCCUUUGAUGGACACUAAAACUGUACAUUCAGUGCAUUGCUUAUUCAAUAGGGAUUGUGUGGCAUGUUUGAGCUGUCAGCAUCACUGAGGCUUUUUAAACAUGCGGGGAGAUGCAUGUGUGGGUUAAAAUGAAACCAGCCAGACUGUCACGUGCCUCAGAAGAUGUUUGUUAAUGUAAAACAUAUACAUAUGAGCUCGUGUUGUUCGGGUGCUUUAUUUUUACUUUCAUUAUUUUUUUUAAUUGCAAGCCAACAAUGAAAACUAUUGUUUCACUUCUGUCCGACUGAACACUGGUACCAGUUUGUUUUGAGUGUAAUAUAUUUAAAUUAAUUAAAGAAAGACUAUAAAUGGA